AUGCAACCGUCUGGAGUAAACGUCCAAAGCAGCCGAUGCAGAGAGGACGAGGAGCGUCAACGGCGGGAAGAGGCCGAGGCGGUGGCUGAGGAACAGCGGAGAGCCUCUGAAGCUGAAGCUGCUUGGAAGAAGGUACAGGAGGCGAUUGAUGCCGAUGACGAGCGCGCAUUGUUGAAAGCCUUGAACGAUGUGGAGGGCUCUUUGCCACCGGAGAAGGUCGCCGUGGCGAGGCGGAGGAUUCCAGCCAUGCGAGCCCGGGCAGAGAUGCGCAAGGAGCUGUCGAUUGCCAUCAAGCAACCGGAGCCCUGGCAUGGGAAGUUCGAUCGAGCCAUGGGCUGCUCAAGGGCUCUCAUCUCAAUAGGGCGGAUAGCAGCCGCAGUGGCAGGGGACAGUGACUUCGUGAGGCAGGGAGAGGGCAGGGGCCAUGGCAAGACCUGCUGCCAAGGAGAACACGUUGAACCUCAAGUACGUCAUUGCUGCCGCCAAACGGUCCUGCUUGCCACAGGUGCUCCUCAGAGCAUCCCAUAA